AUGCACGUGCUCUUCCAGCUCUCUGUCGCGGCUCUUGCAGCCUCCAUCGUCUCCGCCAACCAUGUGUUAGUACUAGGCAAGUCUUCUGCUCCAUUAUGGCAUGAUACUCGUACUUCUGCGGCUUUUUCGUCCUCCGGAUUGGCCAAUUUAGCGCUGAACUCGCUCGGUCUCCCUACAGGACGAUUUUCUUCACAUUCUGCCGUCCAGAGCCCGCUCCAGGCUGAUAUUUUCACACAUAGUGAAGCCUAUUCUUUGGUGAUACUGGAAGACGCGUCGAUAUCCAGUUUAGAGGCUGUAAAUGCCGCUCUAAGCGACGUUAACGCGUUUCACGAGCUGUAUCUGGCCCAAGCCUGUAAAUUGAAUGUUCCAAUGGCUGUAGCACAGAAAUUUCGAGUCAAAUAUCCUUCAGCAGCUCACUGUGCUGGUAAUGCAGCUCUCUGCUCGAGUUUGGAGGCUUUUACGCCUCUAGAAAGUGAGAAAUUGGUGCACCAAGUGCUUGAAACCAACAGUUUCUUGAGCGCCAGUGACGACCAAGACAUUGCCUUUGCUAAACAAUUAGCACAAGUGAUGCAACUUACUGCUGAUAUGAAGCAGCAUGGAGAUGAAAAGAGGUUGUACAUUGUCGGAAUCUCGAGGCUUCAUGGAGACAAACAGCAGCCAGCACAACAAGUUGUGACACGAAUUGUGACGGACUUUUUGGCUCAAUUGAUGGAGAGAGAACAGGUUGUAGCUGCCCAAGUUAUGAUGGGCGAGUUACCAACAGCAGUGCAGCAGGUUGCUGCGCUUUCGCGUCGAAAGUUGGCGUCGGGUCUGACUAAAGAGGCGAGUGAUGGUAAAGAUGAAGAUGAAGAAGAGGACGAAGACGCGGACCUAACAAACGCGAGUGGUGGUGAGUGGGAAAAUGACGAUAACACUACUAGCGCGACCAACUCCUCGGCUCCUGGAGUAGUUUCGAUGCAAGAUAUUGCCGAGUACCAGAUCAUCUUGUGGACGUCGGUGCUGCUGGGUGCUGUGCUGCUGGGCGCUGUGUUGACAAUGGCUAACAUGGACGCAGGUCGGGACAGUCUACUCUACGCCAAGUUUAUUGCCGAUGUAAAUGGCCGCAAGACCAACUAA